AUGGCAGGUGAUGAUGUUAAAGACGGUCUAACGUCGAGUUCUGUGGUCAAAACUGUUGAAAAAGCAGAGGUGUCUGCUGUAACGCCGUAUACUCAUCACACCGAUAAUCCUGGUGCUAUGAUAACUCCGGCCAUGUUGAACAGAGAAAACUACAACCUUUGGGCAAACGAGAUGUUGAAUGCACUCCAAGCCAAGAGGAAGGUGGGGUUUGUUAACGGAACGGUGAAGAAACCAUCGAGUGAUAGUUCCGAUUAUGAAAAUUGGGUUGCAACGAACUCAAUGCGCUUAUCUGUUGGAAACAAAGACAGAAUACAUCAAAUAAAGGCGCAACUAGCGGCUUGUAGGCAAGAAGGACAGUCUGUUCUAGAGUACUAUGGUCGUCUGAGUACUCUGUGGGAAGAGUUGGCUGUCUACAGACCUUUGUCGAUGUGUAUGUGUGGAGUUGCAGAAGAGAUCAGACAGAAGCGUGACGAUGACAAAGUCCAUCAUUUGAUCAUGGGACGCUUGAUUUAUCUUGUUCACACUAGACCAGAGUUGAGCUACUCUGUACACAAAUUGUCACAGUUCAUGAAGAAGCCUCGACAGGAUCAUUGGCAAGCUGCUCUUCGUGUUGUACAUUUUCUUAAAGGGACACUUAGGCAGGGUAUUAUGCUCAGUUCGUCGGGUGACCUAUCGUUGACAGUGUUUUGCGACUCAGACUAG